GGUGAUCGACCAGGAUCAGGAACGGUGUGUGUGGAGCACAGAGACCUUCUUCAUAAAACUGCUCAGUUCAUGGAUAUUCCCCUCUGGGCAGGGUAAUCAGGAGGCCAGCAAUCCGGUGGACGCGAUGGCCCAGACUUACACCCCGCAGUUCGCGCAUCCCCCGCAGAACGGCAUCCCCGCUGAGUUCACCGCGCUUCCCACGCAAGACUACGCAGGACAGAACCGCGUCCCGGAUCACGGCCUGACCCUCUACACACCUGCACAGACCCACAGCGAUCUGGCCAACGCCGACAGCAACACGCCAGCCAUCAGCAGCAGCAGCAACACAGCACCGACGGAAGACGUGACGCAAACAGAAGUUUCCCAGCAGGUGCCGCAUUCAGAGUCCACGGAAAAACAGCAGCCCAAACGGUUACACGUCUCCAACAUCCCCUUCCGCUUCCGUGACCCGGAUUUACGGCAAAUGUUUGGGCAAUUUGGGAAGAUCUUAGACGUGGAGAUUAUCUUUAAUGAAAGAGGAUCAAAGGGCUUUGGCUUUGUAACUUUUGAAACAAGCACAGACGCAGAUCAUGCGCGGGAGAAACUAAACGGUACAAUCGUAGAAGGACGUAAAAUCGAGGUGAACAACGCCACGGCGAGAGUGAUGACGAAUAAGAAAGUAGUAAACCCGUACACAAACAGCUGGAAACUCAAUCCAGUGGUAGGAGCUGUUUACGGACCGGAGCUCUACGCAGUGACAGGUUUCCCGUAUCCCGCGGCAGGAGCGACGGUGGCAUACAGAGGCGCUCAUCUGCGGGGCAGAGGCCGGGCAGUUUACAACACCUUCCGUACGGCUCCUCCUCCUCCACCCAUCCCAGCGUACGGCGCGAUGGUGUAUCAGGACGGAUUCUACGGCGCGGAGAUCUACGGUGGAUAUGCAGCGUACAGAUAUACUCAGCCUGCAACGGCUACAGCGUACAGCGACAGUUAUGGGAGAGUCUAUGCAACUACUGACCCAUAUCACCACACCAUCGCCCCGGCAGCCACCUACAGCGUGGGGACCAUGGCGAACCUGUACAGAGGAGGCUACAGCCGCUUCACGCCCUACUAGAGAGACUAAACCACUGAUUACACAAACUAACACACAAAACCACUAGACUCGUUCUGCUACACGGAGUGUGAUUUCAAACUAAAAUGCUUCCAGGUCACCCAAUGACCUCAUCCCGACAUCAUUCUCUCAAGUGGACGUUGUGGAAAUCAGUGGGGAAAUCAGAAGAGCAGCUCAUAAAUGUGG